UCUGCAAAAUAAAACGCCUUUGUCCGGGGCCACCUUUAGUAAAACGACAAAGCGUGUUCCGAACGACUUUGUUGACGUACAAUUGAAACAAUCGGUCGGGCAGCUUUUCUCACUGCAGCGUCGGCAUUUUGUGUCAACCUUGCCGAUGACAGGCAACCAGCACUCACAUCUCUGGUGUAUAAAAAGCGUAAUAAGUCUACAUGCAGUCAUUGAGCACUUCGAAGCAGGAACCAUGGCCGGUCUUCUGUUAGUCUCUGUGUUCGCGAUUUCAGUGGCCUGCGUGGCCUCCUACCAGCAGAACGUAAUGUGGGGUCGUGGCCUCAGUGGCAGCGGUCUCUCAGGUUUUGGCAGUGGUCAACCCGUAGGCUACGGAAACAGUGGCUACGAAAGUGGCUAUGGCUUUGCCGGAGGCCUGGGCGGACUGAGCGUGUACGGAAGCGGAGAUGGAGGCGACGGUGGAAAUUUCGAAUUCAGCCCCCUCCCCCAUACUCACCAGCCAGGCUGCCCCCAUUUUCAAGGUGGAUACGGCGGUGGUAUCGGCAGUGGCUUCGGUAACGGAUUGCUUGGCCCCCAACACCUGCAGCUACAACAACAGCGGUUUGGUUGGUAAAAAGAGAGGCGAACUAGAAAACACCGCUGCGGAGAAGAAUGCUUUUGUACAAUAAACACGUCCAGCCAUUCGCUAAUGUCGGAAAGAAACUA